GAAGAUCAGAGACAGAGACGAGGCUUUUUUUUAUUUCUUCUUCCUCAGCAGGUUGUGAACGGAGUGCCGUCGAGCAGGACCUCGCUGCUGCAAACACGGAUACAAGAAGACGAACCGAGCUCACCUACAGUGCCUGCAGCUGAAACCAGCUACCAUGACGGACGCAGACAAGUUCCUGUAUGGGGACCGCAGUGGGGCGAACAACCCUCUGGCCCAGGCCGACUGGGCCACCAAGAAGCUGGUGUGGGUCCCCUCUGAGAAGCUGGGCUUCGAGGCCGGUUCCGUGAAGGAGGAGCUUGGAGACGAGUGUGUGGUGGAGCUGACGGACUCUGGCAAGAAGGUGAAGGUAAACAAGGAUGACAUUCAGAAGAUGAACCCACCCAAGUUCACCAAGGUGGAGGACAUGGCGGAGCUCACCUGCCUGAACGAGGCCUCUGUGCUGCACAACCUCAAGGAGAGAUACUACUCCGGACUCAUCUAUACAUACUCUGGUCUCUUCUGUGUGGUGGUCAACCCAUACAAGUAUCUGCCCAUCUACACUGAGGACAUAGUGAACAUGUACAAGGGCAAGAAGAGACAUGAGAUGCCCCCUCACAUCUACGCCAUCACAGAUACGGCCUACAGGAGCAUGAUGCAGGAUCGCGAGGACCAGGCCAUCCUCUGCACUGGAGAAUCAGGAGCCGGGAAAACCGAGAAUACCAAGAAAGUCAUUCAGUAUCUUGCUCAUGUCGCCUCGUCUUUCAAGUCCAAGAAGGAUCAGGGCAGUGCAGUUUUAUCACAUGGGGAACUGGAGAAACAGCUGCUACAAGCAAACCCCAUCCUGGAGGCCUUCGGCAAUGCAAAGACUGUUAAGAAUGACAACUCCUCGAGAUUUGUAAGAAUUNNCAGGAUCAACUUUGACGUCAACGGAUACAUCGUCGGAGCCAACAUUGAAACUUAUCUGCUGGAGAAGUCUCGGGCUGUCCGACAAGCUAAAGACGAGAGGAGCUUCCAUGUCUUCUACUACAUGCUGUCAGGAGCAGGGGACAAGCUGCGCUCUGAGUUGUGUCUGGAGGAUUACAGCAAGUACCGUUUCCUGUCCAACGGAAACGUGACAAUUCCUGGCCAGCAGGACAAGGACCUGUUCACUGAGACAAUGGAAGCCUUUCAGAUCAUGGGCAUCCCAGAAGAUGAAAGAAUUGGUCUGUUGAAGGUGGUGUCGGCUGUGCUGCAGUUGGGGAACAUGAGCUUCAAGAAGGAGCGUAACUCUGACCAGGCCUCCAUGCCUGACGACACAGCUGCCCAGAAAGUGUGUCACCUGCUGAGCAUCAAUGUGACCGACUUCACACGAGCCAUCCUGUCUCCCAGAAUAAAGGUUGGCAGGGACUAUGUCCAGAAGGCCCAGACCCAGGAGCAGGCUGAGUUUGCUGUCGAGGCUCUGGCCAAAGCCUCUUACGAGAGGAUGUUCCGCUGGCUGGUGUUGAGGAUCAAUAAGGCCCUGGACAAGACCAAGAGACAGGGAGCCUCUUUCAUUGGCAUCCUUGAUAUCGCUGGAUUUGAGAUCUUUGAGCUGAACUCGUUUGAGCAGCUGUGUAUCAACUACACCAACGAGAAGCUGCAGCAGCUCUUCAACCACACACCAAUGUUCAUCCUGGGAGCAGGAAAGGAGUACCAGAGGGAGGGCUCAGAGUGGAGCUUCAUCGACUUCGGCCUCGACCUGCAGCCCUGUAUCGACCUCAUUGAAAAACCUGCCGGUCCACCAGGUAUCUUGGCUCUGCUGGAUGAAGAGUGCUGGUUCCCCAAAGCCACAGACAAGAGCUUUGUGGAGAAGGUGGUUCAGGAGCAGGGAACUCACCCCAAGUUCCAGAAACCAAAGAAACUCAAGGACGACGUUGAUUUCUGCAUUAUGCACUAUGCUGGAAAGGUUGACUACAAAGCAGACGCGUGGCUGAUGAAAAACAUGGAUCCUCUGAACGAGUGUGUGGCCACUUUGCUCAAUCAGUCUACAGACAAAUUUACUGCUGACCUGUGGAGAGACAUGGACCGUAUUGUCGGCCUGGAUAAGGUGGCAGGGAUGUCGGACUCCAUGCACGGUGCGUUCAAAACCCGUAAGGGCAUGUUCCGCACUGUGGGUCAGCUGUACAAGGAGCAGCUGGGUAACCUCAUGGCCACACUCAGGAACACCAACCCGAACUUCGUCCGCUGCAUCAUCCCCAACCACGAGAAGAAGGCAGGUAAACUCGAGUCUCACCUGGUUCUGGACCAGCUGAGGUGUAAUGGAGUCCUAGAGGGGAUUCGCAUCUGCAGACAGGGCUUCCCCAACCGCAUCGUCUUCCAGGAGUUUAGACAGAGGUACGAAAUCCUCACUCCAAAUGCCAUCCCAAAGGGCUUUAUGGACGGCAAACAAGCCUGUGUGCUCAUGAUCAAAGCCCUGGAGCUGGACCCGAACCUGUACCGUAUCGGACAAAGUAAAGUGUUCUUCAGAGCUGGAGUCCUGGCCCACCUGGAGGAAGAGAGAGACAUGAAGAUCACUGAUGUGAUCAUCAGCUUUCAGGCCUGGUGCAGAGGAUAUGUGGCCCGCAAAGCCUUUGCUAAGAGACAGCAGCAGCUGACAGCCAUGAAAGUUAUCCAGAGGAACUGUGCCGCUUACCUCAAACUCAGGAACUGGCAGUGGUGGAGGCUUUUCACCAAGGUGAAGCCUCUGCUGCAAGUGACUCGGCAGGAGGAGGAGAUGCUGGCCAAAGAAGAUGAGCUGAUCAAGGUGAAGGAGAGACAACUGCAGACUGAGGAGCAGCUCAAAGAAUAUGAGUCCAAGCAGCAACAGCUGAAUGCUGAGAAGUUGGCUCUUCAAGAGCAGCUGCAGGCAGAAACGGAGCUGUGUGCAGAGGCUGAGGAGAUGAGAUCUCGUCUGGCCACCAGGAAGCAGGAGCUGGAGGAGAUCCUGCAUGACCUGGAGUCUCGCCUGGAGGAGGAGGAGGAGAGGUUUACCCAGAUGCAAACAGAGAGAAAAAAAAUGCAGCAGAACAUCACGGACCUGGAGCAGCAGCUGGAUGAGGAGGAAGCAGCCAGGCAGAAGCUGCAGAUGGAGAAGGUCACCACAGAUGCCAAGCUGAAGAAGCUGGAGGAGGACGUCAUGGUGCUGGACGACCAGAACAACAAGCUCAACAAGGAGAAGAAACAGCUGGAGGAGAGGAUCUCAGAGUUCACCACCAACUUGACCGAAGAGGAAGAGAAGUCCAAAAGUUUGCAGAAACUCAAGAAUAAACACGAAGCCAUGAUCACAGAUUUGGAGGAUCGCCUAAGAAAGGAGGAGAAAGUGCGUCAGGAGCUGGAAAAGAACCGUCGUAAACUUGAGGGAGACUCCACUGAGCUCCAUGACCAGAUUGCAGACCUGCAGGCCCAGAUCGCUGAACUCCGAGCUCAGUUGGCUAAGAAGGAGGAGGAACUCCAUGCUGCACUGGCCAGGAUCGAGGAGGAAGCUGCUGCCAAGAACUCGGCCCAGAAGAAGAUCCGGGAGCUGGAGGCUCAGAUCUCCGAACUGCAGGAGGAUCUGGAGCUCGAGAGGCAGGCACGCUCCAAGGCUGAGAAACACCGCAGGGACCUGGGAGAGGAGCUUGAGGCCCUCAAAACUGAGCUGGAGGACACUUUGGACUCCACUGCAGCACAGCAGGAGCUGAGGACCAAGCGUGAGACGGAGGUCACCCAGCUGAAGAAGACCCUGGAGGACGAGGCCAAGAUCCACGAGCAGCAGAUGGCCGACAUGAGACAAAAACACAAUCAGGCCUUCGAGGAGCUCAAUGAACAGCUGGAACAGGCCAAAAAGAACAAGGUGUCUGUGGAGAAAGCAAAGCAGGCCCUGGACAGCGAGUGGAACGAGCUGCAGAUCGAGAUGAAGACUCUGACACAAGGGAAGAGCGAGUCCGAACACCGUCGCAAGAAGGCUGAAGCACAGCUUCAAGAACUACAGGUCAAAUUCGGAGAAAGUGAACGACAGAGGCAGGAGGCGGCUGAAAAGAUGACCAAGAUGCAGUCAGAGCUAGAAAACGUGAACAACCUCCUGAGUCAAGCAGAAGGCAAGAACAUCAAAUCCAGCAAAGACCUUUCUUCUAUAGAGUCUCAGCUGCAGGACACACAGGAGUUGCUCCAAGAAGAGACUCGUCAGAAGCUUUCCAUCUCCACUCGCCUGAGGCAGAUGGAAGACGAGCAGAACAGCCUGCGGGAGAUGCUGGAGGAAGAGGAAGAGAGCAAGAAGAAUGUGGAGAAGCAGGUCUCCACUCUGCAGGCCCAGCUGGCAGACAUGAAGAAGAAGCUGGAACAGGAGGCCUUGUCCCUGGAGGGAGCAGAGGAGGGCCGGAAGCGAUACCAGCGGGAGUUGGACAGCAUGACGCAGCAACUGGAGGAGAAGACCUCAGCCUACGACAAACUAGACAAAACAAAAACCCGUUUACAGCAGGAGCUGGAUGACCUUGUAGUGGACCAGGACCACCUGAGGCAGAUUGUCUCCAACCUAGAGAAGAAGCAGAAGAAGUUUGACCAGAUGCUGGCUGAGGAGAAAACUAUUUCUACUCAGUAUGCAGAGGAGCGUGACAAGGCUGAGGCUGAGGCCAGGGACAAGGAAACGCGAGCACUGACACUGGCUCGUGAGCUGGAGACCAUGACAGACGUAAAAAAUGAGUUGGACCGGGCCAAUAAGCUGCUCAAAGCUGAGAUGGAAGACUUGGUCUCCUCCAAGGAUGAUGUCGGCAAGAGU